GGAGGGACCAUGAGCGCCCUGCGGGACGUCUCCUUGCAGGACCCGCGGCGGCGGUACGAGCUGGUCCAGCGCAUCGGCUCCGGCACCUACGGCGACGUGUACAAGGCCCGUGAUACAGAGACUGGGGAAUUGGCGGCCAUUAAGAUCGUAAAAAUUGAUCCAGGGGACGACAUUGGAUCCAUUCAGCAAGAAAUCACGACUCUCAGGGAUUGUCGUCACCCCAAUGUCGUGGCCUAUUUUGGCAGCUACCUCAGGAAUGAUCGUCUCUGGAUCUGCAUGGAAUACUGUGGCGGGGGGUCCCUCCAGGAAAUCUACCAUACCACCGGACCCCUGUCAGAAAAACAGAUCGCGUACGUCUGCCGCGAAACCCUGCAGGGCCUUCACCAUCUACACGCCAAAGGGAAAAUGCACCGGGACAUUAAGGGAGCAAACAUCCUGCUUACAGCCAACGGCGACGUGAAACUCGCGGAUUUCGGCGUCUCUGCGGAACUGACGGCGUCGGUGGCGAAGCGGAAAUCCUUCAUUGGGACUCCCUACUGGAUGGCACCAGAAGUGGCCGCAGUGGAGAAGAAAGGCGGCUACAACCAACUCUGCGACAUCUGGGCGCUCGGCAUCACGGCAAUCGAACUCGCUGAGCUGCAGCCGCCUCUGUUUGACCUCCAUCCGAUGAGGGCCUUGAUGCUAAUGUCAAAAAGCAGCUUCCAGCCUCCCAAGCUAAAAGAUAAGGCGUGCUGGUCCACGGAUUUUCACCAUUUCCUCAAACUCUCCUUGACUAAGAACCCCAAGAAACGUCCAGUGGCCGAAAAACUUCUGCAGCACCCUUUCGUUUCCCAGCCGUUGGCCCGGAUCUUAGCCGUUGAACUACUCGAUAAAGCCACGAAUCCUGACUUGGGAGCUGCAGCCUUGGACGAUGGGGAUUUUGAGGUAUAUGAAGUCUUUCCUGACAAAAUCCAUUCCCAUAGGCAGCACGGGCAAGUUGAAAGCACCCUCUCAGAGAUCCAGCUUAACCAGGUUAAAUUUGGGCCUCCGUUAAGGAAAGAAACCGAACCGUGGUGCAAUCUGAAGGAAGAGGAAGAAGAGAAUUGGAUGCUUUUAGGAGACGGAGAGAGCCUCCUUCAGUCGGUGGAAGAAGCGCUAGAGGAGAGGAGCCUAACUAUUCGACCCGCACGCCCCACUGAACAGGCCCACGUGGAACAGCGGCCCGGUGGUACCAAGGAGGGUGACCAGGACACCAUCAAGAGAGGGCCCUUGUGGGAUUUUCUCAACCUGGAGCUGACGUAUAAAGCUCCCUGGGAGCAUGAAGGGGGCCCCGAGUUCCCAGACUUGGAGUGCCAAACCUCGCCAGGCAGCACAGGCUUGGGUGAUGCCCCAAAUCUCUCCGGAACUGGUUCCCCAAAGCCUGCGGACUCGCUCCUUUCCACGGAGUGGGCAACUAUGAAGAAGAAGGAAGAGGCUACCAGGCUGCUCUGUCACGGCCUGCCCCCCACCCCCAAAGUCCACAUGGGCGCUUGUUUCUCCAAAGUCUUCAACGGCUGCCCACUCAAAAUCAAUUCGGCCACGACGUGGAUUCACCCGGAGACGCGAGACCUCUACCUCGUGGUUGGCGCUGAAGAAGGCAUCUACACUCUCAAUCUUCACGAACUCCACGAGGAUACGAUGGAGAAGCUCCUUCCGCACAGGUGUUCUUGGGUCUACUGUAUGAAUAAUGUGCUACUGACCUUAGCUGGGAAGUCUUCUCAGGUCUCAGCCCACAACCUCCUGGGUCUUUUUGAGCAGCGACGGCAGCUGCAGAAAAGGCCGGUUCCUCUUUCCAUCGCCACCAACCGGCUGACGGAGCGGAUCAUCCCCAGGAAGUUUGCGCUGUCGGCCAAGAUAACAGAUACCAAAGGGUGUUUGAAGUGCCGCGUGGUACGCAACCCCUACUCCGGGAGCACGUUCCUCUGCGCGGCGCUGCCCUCCAGCCUAGCUCUGCUGCAGUGGUACGAGCCCUUGCAGAAGUUCAUGCUGCUGAAGCACGUCCCUGUGGUUCUGCCGGACCCGUUGACCCUGUUUGAGCUACUGGUCGUGGAAACGGAGGAAUACCCCCAGGUGUGCUUUGGGGUCACCGGCAGCGAUCAGCCGGGGGCGGAGCUGCACUUUAGCACCCUCCCCCUCAGCACCGGCGUCGUCACCUCAAGCCCUUCAGGCCGGCCUCUCGUCAUGGCCAGCCACGUCACUCAGAUGGACCGAGACACUGUCCUUGUGUGUUUUGAGCGCUGUGUGAGGGUAGUGAACCUCUGUGGUGUUCCUCAGGGCGCCCUUCCUCCUGAACUACUCUUCAACUUCCCUAUCGAGACCAUUGUGUGCCUUCAAGACAGCGUCCUGGCCUUCUGGAAACACGGCAUGCAAGGCCGGAGCUUGGAAUCCAAUGAGGUGACGCAGGAAGUCACGGAUGAGUCCAGGGUGUUCCGGGUCUUAGGUGCCCACAGAGAUAUCAUUCUGGAGAGCACGCCCACGGAUAACCCCACCGCACAGAGCAACCUCUACAUCCUGACAGGUCACGAGAACAGCUACUGAGCUCCUUCUCUCAAUGCCUCCUGGAUGUGCUCAGGCUCGUGGUGGACCGUUGCUGGAGAUGGCGGGAGGCCUGCGAUCCGGGGCUGAGGAAAGCCGACUGAAACAGGAGUGUGUGCACGAGGGGGAAAGGGUUACAGUCCACCCUUUACUGUUGCCACGUGCACUGGACACACGCCGGCGGUGCUCCGGAAACACUCUUCCUCCACCCUUCUAGUCUUCCUGAGAUUUUGCUGCCCACCGGGACGGACACUUUCCCCCAGAUUUGGGCCAGCAUCUCCUGAGAUACUUCUGCAAUAAUUUGACCACCAGCCAGUUGGAAGAAUUUGCAGUCUUUCCUGGCUGACACUUUGUGCCUGCUUGAAUGCUUUCUUUGUCCUCUUUCCUCCUUCUCCUCCUCCUCUUCCUCCUCCACCACCACCUCCUCAUCUUCUCUUUUUAAUCCUUAGAAGUCACCCACACUGUGUGGGUGCCAUGACCCGGCACAGCUGCCGGUGUGAAGACAAUCGUUUUGCCAAGGCUGCAAAAGGGACCUCCCUUCCUUAGCAUCUUAGCUUUAAUUUAAACGUCUUUUGAGGGCACUUUUGAGACCCUGGCUUGUCUCCCUUCAACAGGGUCCAGGGACAGAGCUUUAUUUUGUAGCUGGAGGACUUCAGUGGGAAAAAUUGCUCAUGCCCGUGAUGGGCAGAAUUGGAUGGCUGGCUGUCGCUGGAAUGCCUGUGGGUGUUUGGCUCUGUGUGUGGGUAGUUAAGCAGAGUGUUCGUUGAAUGACGAGAUUGGCAAACUGGGAGAGAGAGGGUGGGUGGGCUGCCUGUCAGCUCAGCACCAAGAAGAGCAAGUUGGUUCAGGAAACCAGGUGCAAGCGUAGGCUUUAGACCGCUUUCCCAAGACGGUUACUCCGCCGUGAAAAAGGAGCAAUGACUCUCUUAACCAAAUUGCUAUGGGGACUUUGGCAAAACUACAAGUCCGCAGCUCCUGGAGCGGAGAAGAGAGCAAAACCGAUUUAGAGAUCGUUUACAUUUGGGGCCAAACUAGAUGAAACGUUAAAGGCGUGCGUGCAUUUGCCGAUGGCUCAUUUGGUUGUUUCUUAAGGGGAGAAAUGUUACAUUGAGUUUUGUUCGUCGUUUGCUUUUCAAAUAGCAGCCACAGAGGAGGGAGGCCCUGUCGGGAUCAGGACAUGGCAUGCAAUGAGGUGUUUUUGUUUUUAACUCUCCCCCCCCCCCCCCCGGUGUUGUGCACCUGAUGAAAAUUGCCAGGAAGCGGUGUCCAUAGCAUCUUUCUCUUCAAGGCCAAAGAACCGCUCGAAGGGUUGUGUUGGGUUUUUUAAAAUUGCGAUUGCUGCAGUGUGGGAAGAAUGAACCGCCCACCCUAGCUCCAAUCCUGAACCCUCCUGACUGUUAAUUUUAAAGCCAAGCAUAUUUCAAUGUAGUCAGACAUUUAACAUCGUGCCUGGUUUGCCGUCCUUUAGUAGCAUAGCUUUUGACCAGGGUUGUCUCCAGGUUUUUGAGGACCCGUGGGCAAGACCCCCCCCUCCAUGGGUCCUCUGCCCAACUAUACCUUUCCUUGGCUCUGCUUUUUACCCUAAGGCAGGUUUAUUGAGCCUCCUGCUACUCUUCAAAUUCUGCUUCGCCAGCUGUAGUGGUGAUGCGUUGUUUGAAUGACUACUGACAGGACUGUCAUGUGCUACUGAUCGACCAGCUGAUCCAGAGGACAAAGACUGCUAGCGUUGUGUGUAUGAUUCAGAGAGUUUGGAGACUGUGAGUGGAGGCUGUGCAAGCCAC